AUGAAUGACAAGGAAUUUGUUUUUAAUUACAUCAAAAAGUAUGAUAAUGGAUUGCGAUAUGCUUCCACACAAUUAAAAGAAGAUCGAGAUAAAAACAUUCGCAAGGAUAAAGAAGUGAUAUUGACAGCCGCAAAAAGCUGCUCAUAUGUAUGGGAGGAUGUUCCUUCAGAACUGAAAAUUGAUAAAGAAUUCGCUUUGGAAAUAGUUCAACAGAAUGGAUGGACUUUGUAUUUCGCACCAGAAAACUUUAAGAUCGAUAAGGAAAUUGCAUUGACUGCUGUCAGGCAAAAUGGAGAAGCAUUGAGAUGUAUUAAGGACAAUAUUCAUUUGAAGUUAGAUAAGGAAAUAGUAUUGGAAGCAGUCAAACAAAAUAAGAAUGCAAUUCGAUAUAUUGACGAAGAUUUACGUUUAGAUCAUGAAUUCAUGUUGACAGUAAUUAAAACAAUCUUGCCAGAAUUUUCUCAUUUAGAAUCUUUUGAUUAUUCACAAAAAGAUGUCAUGAUGAAACUUGUUCAAGUUUUUGGAUGCUAUCUUGCACAUGCAAGUGAUGAAAUCAUUAAUGACCGAGAAAUUGUUUUGAAUGCAGUCAAAAAUUAUGGCUAUUCAUUCUGCUAUGCAUCUGAGGAUUUGAGGAAUGAUCGAGAGAUUGCCUUACUGGCCGCUAGACACGACAAUUAUAGUGUAUUGGAAUAUGCAUCUUUUGAAUUGAGGAGAGACAAAGAAUUCAUGUUAAAAUCUGUCAAUCAACAUGGAUAUUCUCUUGAAUAUGCAUUUGAUGAGUUGAAGAAUGACAAAGAAGUAGUGUUGGCUGCAGUCAGACAAAAUGGUUGUGCUUUUGAAUUUGCGUCCGAUAGACUGAAAAGUGAUAGAGAAGUGAUAUUGCUGCUGUAA